AUGGAUUCCCAAGAGAAUACUUCAAAAGAAAAUUCAGAAAAUAAUUUUGAAUUUUCAUCUGUAUUCAAUAAAAUUAAUGAAAUAAAUUAUGAAAUAAAUAAUAUGUCAAUAAAUGAUUUUAAUUUUAUAAAAACUUUAGAAAAGUGGCGUCUCGAGUCUCAUGAAACAAUUGAUGAACUUUGUAAACAUGUAUUAAACGAAUAUAUGAAUAGAACAAAGCAAGAUAUUGAUUAUCUUCACAAUUUAACAAAUUUAAUUAUUGAUAAUUUUAAUAAGAAAAAUAAUUUUAAUGAUUCAAUUCAAAAAAUAAUCAAAAUAAUUGAAGAAAAUUUAAAUCAACUUAAAAAUAUUCCAUGUGAAUUCGAUUCAUUAAUGAUUGAUAAAUCGACUUAUUGUCUUCCAACUCAAAUAGAUCAUAUUCAAUUUGAUUUACUGAAACAAUCAAAUGAAAUCAAUUCAGAUUUAUUUUCAUCUUCAAAAUCUAGUAAAAUAUGCUUAUCUUGUUGUCAUUCAAUCGAACCACAUUCAUAUCGUUUAUGUUUAUCUCCACAAAACAGUUUUUAUCCAUAUAUGCAAACACCAAAAUCUAUAAUUAAUUUAAUAUCUGAUUAUUGGUUUACAUUAGCUACGAAUGAUCGACAUUUAUUAACUAUUGAUAAAUCCAAUUUAUAUUUAUUUGAUCAAUCUUUAAAAAUUGUUCAUCAAAAAUCAUUUUUAAAACAACAAAUAAAAGAUAUUUGUUGGUCAACAACUCUUGAGAAAUUCAUUUUUAUUUCUUCUACAGAUAUUUUUACUUUUGAUGAUAAAACAAUGAAUUUUACUUUAUUUGAUAUAUAUUUUAAUAAUAAUCAUCCUUGGCAACAUGGAACAUGCUCAGAAACAAGUUUAUUUUUAUCGACUUUUGGAGAAAAUCCAUUUAUUGUUGAACUACAAUUUUAUCCAUCGAUUCAUUUUCAUAAACGUUAUCAAUCAGAAAUUGUAUGUGAACAAAAUGAUGCAAUUAAUGAUAUUAAAUAUAGUGAUAAUAAUCUUGCUAUUAUUAUUGAAAAUGGUUUAAUCAACCAAAGUUAUUUACAACUUUAUGCAACAAAAUCAUUUCAAUGUAUUUCGAUUGUUUCACUUGGACAAGGAUGGGGUUUUAGAACGUAUUCAUUUAAUCAUCGAUAUUGGAUUGUUAUUGAUAAAUAUAAUAAUCAAAUUAUUUAUAUACUAAAUAAUGGAAAUAGAGUUAAAACUGAAAAUUAUUUAACAAAACCAUUGAAUAUUGUUUCUUGGACUAAAUAUCACGUUGUCAUUAAAACCAUGCAAACUCUUAAUAUUCAUCAAUGUGAAUAA